CAACAGGCACCUUGUGAGCAUCAGCAAUGGAAAAGGCACAGUCAUGGGCCCCACUGGUUGGUUUCAUGCUCGUGCCCCAUGCAGGAUCCAUAUGGGGAGCUAGGAUUAUCAAGAAGGAACUGCCUACCUGGUUUGAAUCCCUUGAGAAGCCAUCCUGGCAUCCACCUAACUGGAUUUUUGCACCUGUCUGGGGAACUUUAUAUUCAUCAAUGGGAUAUGGCUCUUACCUGGUAUGGAAGGAGCUGGGAGGCUUCAAUAGCAAGUCCAUGGUUCCACUUGGUCUGUAUGCUGGACAGCUAGCAUUAAAUUGGUCAUGGCCUCCUAUAUUCUUUGGCAAUCACAAAAUAGGAUGGGGACUGGUCACUUUAUUACUUACCACAGGAACAGGAGCAGCUAUGACUACAGUCUGGUAUCAUGUCAACAAAACAGCAGCCUAUUUGAUGUACCCUUAUUUAGCCUGGUUGACUUUUGCUUCCGUGCUGAACUACCGUGUGUGGAAAGCCAAUCGCGACAAGAAGCACCCAUAA